ACGCGGGGCGGGAGCGGAUCCGUGCGCCGAGAGGUUGCUAAGGGUGAAAGUUUGCCGUGAGUUGGCUCACUCGGGGCCAGGGCGCGGGCGGCUCUGGGGUACAGCAGCGGCAUCCACAGCACAGCACCGGGCCCGCCCCGCGCCGACGGGGACAAGGGAGGGAGGGGACGGAAGAGACGGGGCACAGCAGAGACCUGCCGGCAGCGCCCUCAGCCCCCGCGACAGCCGCCAGCAGCCGCCGGCCCUGGAGCCGAGGACGAAGUCUCUUUGGAGUCAAAAUUUGUCUAUGUUUCUGUCAUUUUGUCACUUUUAAUACACUGCUCUGACUUGCUUGCUGGGAAGAGAGUAUGCAUCUGGAGAUCAAAGUUGCUCUUAACUUCAUCAUCUCAUACCUGUACAACAAGCUUCCUCGGAGGCGGGCAGACCUGUUUGGUGAGGAGCUAGAGCGCCUACUGAAGAAGAAGUAUGAGGGUCACUGGUACCCAGAGAAACCUCUGAAGGGAUCUGGCUAUCGCUGUGUUCAUAUAGGGGAGACAGUGGAUCCGGUGGUGGAGCUGGCGGCCAAGCGGAGUGGGCUGGCUGUGGAGGACGUGCGUGCCAAUGUGCCAGAAGAGCUGAGUGUCUGGAUUGAUCCUUUUGAGGUUUCCUACCAGAUCGGUGAGAAGGGCUCUGUUAAGGUUCUCUACCUAGAUGACAGUGAGGGCUGCAGUGCUACAGAGCUGGACAAAGAAAUCAAGAGCAGCUUCAACCCCGACGCCCAGGUAUUUGUCCCUAUCGGCAGCCAGGACAACUCGCUGUCCAACUCUCCAUCCCCCUCCUUUGGCCAGUCACCCAGCCCCACCUUCAUCCCUCGCUCCGCGCAGCCCAUCACUUUCACCACUGCCACCUUUGCUGCCACCAAGUUCGGCUCGACCAAGAUGAAGAAGGGUGGAGGAGCCGGAGGAGGGGGUGGUGGAGCAGGGGCUGUGCAGCAGCCGAGAAUGGUCAGGUCUCCCACCACCAACCUGUUGAAGCACAAGGGCCUCUCCCUGUCUAUGCACUCUCUGAACUUCGUCGGGAGCACUGGGAGCCAAGCCCCACAGUCCCAGCUCUCCCCCAAUGCCAAGGAGUUCGUUUACAGUGGCGCCUCGCCGGGAGCCAGCAGUCUCUUCUUCGAUGGUGUUGCCGGUGAGAGCCAGGCCAGCAGCAUCCCGCCAGCAUCGCAGUUCAACGCCAGCACAGGUGGUACCUUUGAUAUGGCUCAGGUCUUCAGUGGCAGCACCAAUAGCCUCUUUUUGGAAAAGUCUCCCUUUGUGGAAGGACUCAGCUACAACCUGAAUGCCAUGCAGUAUCCUAGCCAGUCGUUCCAGCCCGUUGUCCUGGCCAACUGAAUGCAAAGGAAGGAGAGUAUUUUGGGGCAGGGAGGGAGGGGGGAAACAAGAACAAAACAAACAAGAGGGAGAAAAAAGAAAAAUAGAAAUAUACAAAAAAAAUAGUGAAACCUUAUAAGUAUAGGUUCUUGGGAAAAGAGAGAGCUCAGUGUUGUUGCGCUGUGCUGGUAAUGCUCCUGAAGCACUGAAUUGUUUUUUAACUCAGUACCUGUGCUUUUUUCCUACUCACUUUUUUACUCCUUAAAAUGAGUCUUGGGCUUUUUGUUUGUGUUCCCCCUUCCCCCACCCCAGCCCAGGACUGGUGCAACUGUAGGUCACAAUGCUCCUGAUUCCCUGCACCACCCCCUGCCCCAUGCUGGACACAAGGUCCUUCCACCUGGGUGUAGGGAUGCCAUCUUCAUACCACCGUGCUGGAGGAGGGACAAGAAGAGGAUGAGUCAGUGUUGGUGAGGACACACACACACUCUUGUUGCGUGUUAGCCAGAAUGGGUGGGUGAGCUUGCUUUUUCUGUUAGUGCUCUGCAUGCAGACGGAGAACAUCGCCUGUGCCCACGGGCGCAGACCAUUGUGCUGUUGUGGCUCCAGCCCAGGCUGGCAUCAACUGUUCUGUCUGUGUGCUGAAAAGCACUAACUCUUCUCCUUGACCAUCUCCCAGCACGUCACAGGGCAGAGCAUUACUGUGAAAUGGCUUCUUCCUGCUCCCUUCCUCAUCUGCACUUGCAGCUGUGGCUACUGGGGCACAGUGCUUUGAGCUUAGUGGCUCUGGUUACUGGACCUUUCUGUACCUGAGCAAGAGGUCCAUUUUAUGCUCUCUCAGGGCUGCCCAGUCAGUCUGGAUGACAGCCCCUGUGGUGUAAAAACACCACCUGCCUCUCUCUGUGGCUUGGGGGAGGAGGCACUGAACCAGCUGGACCCCACUUGGAUCUUGCCCCCACUCCCCAGACGUUCUCCCCAGCAACAGGGGCCAGCAUUCACUUGGGGUGCCCUCAAAGGUCAGAGUUCUCAUUAUCUGCUGUGAAUUUAUCUUCUUGUCUCAGAGAGGAAAUUCCUUCCUUUUUAGUUGGUGAGGCAGCACAACUUUUCAGGAAGAUGCGGUGAUGUUGUUGAAGCUGCUGUCUUGAGUGGUAGCAUAAGGGUUUAUGCUUUCAGCUGGGUAUGCACCUGAGGAAAUUCCUUCCCUUGCCUUUCUGGAGAAGCAUGAGGAGGUGACUGAUCCAGUGAGAAAAGGAAGCACCUAUCAUAGAUUCCUCAUUCCAGCCACAUCGCAUCAGCAUGGACAGCAGCAAGCUUAGGGCAGAGCUGGAAUGGACUCUCCAAAGGCAAGUGGUCAUCUCAGGCUGUGAAUGUAUAGUGCCUCUUCACAGCGGGGAUGAGAUCUGGGAUUCUGCAGCUCUCUCCAGGAUGAUGUGCUGCAGUCAGGCAGUAGUGGCUGUUCAGCUUCUGAUCCCUUCUGUGUUGAGGACUCCAAAACCUGCCUUCAGAGAAAGCCAAAGGAGGGCUGCUUCAUGUCCAGGAAGGGUGGAGGCUUUUUAGGUGGAAAGGGAGGUCUCCUUGGAGGCUGCUGUGUGAGCAUGGAAGUGUGCAAAGAGGAGAGAGAUGGAGAUGAUGAAACUCCAGUCUUAGAAGUUCUCAGUUUAAGUGAAAAAUAAGCUUUUGCUGCUUCCCAAACUUGAGGUUUGGUUUUCUUGUAAUGAUGCUUCUUGGAGCACAGUCUGAAAUCCACUCCUCCUGCACUUGUGGAACCUAUGUGCUCUUUUAAGAAAUCUCUUUCAGGUGAGAUGAGCUUGGCCACGUGCUUUUCCUGCUCCCUUCCCAGAGAUGGAGGCACUCCAGCCCUUUUGUAGUUGUGUUGCCUGUGAGUGUUUACAGAAGGUAAUGGGCUGUCUCAGGGAGACUGUCUCUGCCCAGAGCUCUCCAAGGAGAGUUUCCCAUGCACCCUUCCCCUCGAUGGGUGAUGGUGCGCAUGGUCCUGACCUCGUGCCCAGCACGGGUUCCCAAGCAGGCUGCUUGCUAUUGAGCUAUGACCAAUGCAGCAGGUGGGUGAGGAGAGCAGAGCUCAGCCAGUUUCCCCAAAGCUGGUGCCCACAACCUCAACCCUGCAGGUUUCCAGACUGGGACAAGUUGGUGAGGAAUGGCCCAGCUGUUGUGUUUCCCUCUUUCAUUUGAACCCACCGCUUUCAACGGAUGCUGCCACUGCCAUGGAGUCCUUCUCCCCAACAGGGUGCUGCUGGAUGCCACCCCACAUGCUGCACUGGACUCUGAGAGGUGCUCAGCCCCUGAUGGCAGCGUCUGGUCCAGUUGUCCCCCCCUACCACCGUCUCCACAUCUGGCAAAGCCACCUGUGAGCCACUGCCGUGAGACAGCACGCUCUCCUCCAGCACAGGGAGGGAGGGAAGAAGUGGGGAUGUCCCCUGUCCACCUGCUUAUGUGUGUGAAGCUUUGAUGCUGCUUUGCCCUGCCACACGUAUUAUACCUGCUUUAGAAAUAGUGGUGUGAGUGGGAGGAAAAGAAGAGGGACCAACCUCUUUGCAUCUUAAAAGGAAAAAAAGUGUGCUUCAGAAAUGUUCCU